GCUUCGGAAGCUGCGCCACGAUGCCGAGAUGUUCACCUGGCUAGAGCAGGAAGGCAAAGUCAAGACCGAAGUGAAGAAACUCUACAGAGGCGUGUUCCACUCGGCUCGAGCGCAGCAUCUUCAAAAUCCGGACAAGGUCUUCGAACUUGCUUUCCAAGAGCAGACUGCAGAUCGACAGCUUUGGCAGAAGGCGAACAACAAAGCAGUUUACUGGGAUCCCGCCGGCAAAGAAGUGCCGAAGAGGACCCUGCGAGCCAAACCAGCCGAGCUGAGAAGUCUGGAGGACAGGUUCGCAACUUCUGGCCAUGCUGUGGCAGAGAAGCUGCUGACCGAGAGGAGCCUGAAGCAGCUCAAGCGAUUUCUUCAG